GUGUCAGCUCCACCAGUUGAAGUACAGGAGCCAGAGGAAACCUUUGAGGAGAUUGACACAAACUGCGAGAUAUGCACUAGCGCAGAUGAUGAAGCUCACUUGCUGUUGUGCGACAAUUGUGAUCGGGGUUACCAUACUUAUUGUUUGCCUAUCCCCCUUAUGGAUAUUCCACCGGGUGACUGGUUCUGCCCAACUUGCGUUCGCAAUGGCGUCACGUCUAACACCAGUGAGCAGGACGACCACGGCCGAGGGUUUCCAAUGGAUUCUAGUUCCGACAUAUAUUCUUCAGAAGACGAAGAACUAUACUUUCCGCAACGACUUAGUUCCACUGCCCAGCGUGUUCUUGAGUUACGGGCCAGCCGACGCCACCGUGGAAGUCGUUUACUACAAGAUACUAUCCUAAGCCUGGCCCAGCGUGCUUUAUCCGAUGUUUCUGCUCGCGCGCGUCAACGGCGAUCACAGCGACAACGGGUCCGUGCCCAAUUGGCUUCAGAGUCUAGAGCGAAUCGAGAACCCUUUGGACGGGCUUUGGACCCGUCCCAGCGAUUACUGAGUUUCGAGACAUCAUCAGACGUAAGUUUUUAUAUUUGA